AAUGAGACAUUGACAUUGAGCGUACGAUCGGCUCGAUCCAUCCAACCCGACAUGGUUAUAGACAAACCGUCAGGCAGGCAGGUUUCUUUUUAGUUAGAACGUUAGAGGCGACACGAGUCUCGCCAAGUACACCAAACCCAACGCAAUUCGACGAAAGAAUUGUCUCAUUAGAAAUCGAAAUACAUAUUAGAUAACCAACAAAAAAUACGGUUUCUUUAGGUUCGUUUUUUGUUUUUUUAGUUUAGUUUAGUGAGCAAAUCCUCCAGCAAUGUCAAACGAACUAAGCGAACUGAUCGCUCUUGGAUGUCCAGACUUGAGUACCAAGUCGAUGGGUGGCCAGCAAAUCGAUCUUAUGGUUAGUGCAGAGCGGAGACUGAGCAUUAAACAAAUGACGGCCACAGAUUUGGUCAAUCUACGUGCAGCAGCCGCUGCCGAAGCAGAGGCACAAGCUCGAGCACUAGCCGAAGCACAGGCAAGGGCCAUAGCCGAGGAACAGAUGCGUUUGGCCGCGGCUGCCGAGGCCAAUGCAAGAGCACGAGCUGCCCUAGAAGUGGAAGCUCAACUUCGACGUGCCAUGGAAUUGGAAAAGAAACGCGCAGAGGAGGAAGAUCAGAAGAAGAAUAAUAAUUGUGUGCCCAGUUCAUUGGAUGAUGCUAUGGAAAUGCAUUUGAUGAAUGCCAGCAAUGUGAAUGACGCUUCAAGACAAAAGUCAUCGCCAUCGAAAAGUGAUUCCCAACUUGUUGAUUCUCUUGAGAUAUUGAGAAUGCAACGCAUGGCCCGUGAUGCUCGUUCCCAGAAUCGAGAUCGAGAACGUUCAAUUUCGCCAGCAUCACGAAAUCAUGAGAGGAGCGCUGCUCCCAAUCGUUUGGACAGCUCCAGCAGAAGCAGCGUAGAUUCUGCUUGUAUCUCGGCAUCCGCUUCGAACUCACGUCAUCCAAGCAAAGCCACAAGUCGUCGAGGCAGCACCUCCAGUGCCAUCAAUGAGCCAGCUGUUGAGGCUCCACCGCCAGUUCCUCCUAAAUUCCCACUAUGUAAAACUGUUUCGGCACCCAGUAUGAUAAAUCGUCGACGCAGUAGUCUGACUGCCCUCUUUCCGGGUCCAUCGCCAUUGGUGGCACCAGAACCCACUCUUCACAGCAAUCCCACGCUGGUGCCCGAACCGGAAUCGCAUCCGGAACGUCAGGAGGAUGGCUAUCGUGAGAUACCUAGUGGCAAGAUGGUACACCGCACCAAGACGCCUCCGCCUGUGGGUGCCAAUCUUGGUGUUUGCCUCAAGCGGGUGACUGCACCAAGUGGUUCGAUUACCAUCAAGCCCAAAGAGGCUCCCAUGCUGGGUGUGGUUCUUCGCAAAGUCGAAAAGAAAACUGUGCAACAAAAGAGCAUUCUGGACGACGAUAAGCCACUCUAUCAUUUCUCGAUCGUCCGCAGUGACAAUAAAGAACAUGUGCCGGCCCAGAAACCAAAACCAAAACCGCCUGCCGUAAAGCCAUCUCCGGGUGGAAUUCUCACAGGGCCACAGGUCAUACGCACAGUGAAUCCGCAACCCAAACAACCAGUGGCCGUCAAGCCUCAACGGCCUCUUCCGGGUGUGCCUAUAACUAUUACGAAAAUUGAGGGCGAUAAGAUUAUAAUCAUCAAGAAGAUUAUAGUGACAAAGAAUAGUAAGAUACCGGAACAGUAUCUGCAGGUUGAAACCUAAAUGAGUGAAGAUGUUAGCAAGGCCGCAGUUGCAACAUCUCAACCUCAGCCAUCAGCAGCAGUGGCGGCAACACCAUCCAGUGCUUUGAGAACCAAAGAAGAGUCAUCUCAUCCUGCCAUGCAAAAACCAACGCCACCGCCAGCGAGCGGUCAGCAAUUCUUUCAAGUCGUGACGCCGCAGUUUGCCUCCGUCCUAUCGUCCACCAUGCCAGAGAGCAAAUGUGCCUUACGAUCGCCGAUAUCGUCGCCCCUGGCUCUACGCAAGAACCGCCCGUUGUUGCCAGCAAGUCCAAAGUCAACACCGCCAUUGCCGCGAAAACAUCAUCCGUUGGCCUACAAUGCGGCCACGGGGACAAUAACUAGUGCCGCCAGUGGUGCUGGGGGAUCUGGCACUGUUUUGCCGGCACGUUUUAUGGCCACCAUAGCAUCUAGUCCUGCUUCCAGCAUAUCGUUGUCAUCAUCCAGUUCCCCAUCGUCGUCGCCACCGCCGCCAGUACCUUGUCGGGCACCCAAGAAGAACAGCAAACCCGGUGCAGCAUCUGGUGCCCCUGGUGAGAUCAAUCUGGAUAAGCUGUUGCAGCAGCAACAAGAGCUGGAAGAGAAGUCUGCAGCUGCCACGAAUAGUGCCAAAUUGGAUGCAAAUUUCUAUGAUGCAGAGAUCGAAAUGAUGAAUAAGUAUUUGAAGAGCCUGCCCGACUAUAGUGAAUUGGAUCGGAAGUUGCAUCAGGAGUUCCAAGAGUGUGAGGAUCUGUAUGAUCGGCUCAAGCGACAACAGCAACAGCCAUUGGCCAAAUCCAAUUCACAUCAAACAGUUAACCCAGUGGCAACUGGCCCAAAACUGUCCAAGUCAUCUUCAAUUAAUUUUCAAAAUAAUCGUCCAGCGGCCCCACGCAUGGCCUAUCCAUCUAUCUUUGCCCCGGCGCCGGGAGGAGGGGAACCAAAGCUGCAACGUAGCAUAUCUAGUUCAAAUAUGCCAUUGACCACGCCCACAACACCGACGCCGAUGGCGCCAACGCCUUUUCGACCGCUGCCUCAAAAGAACAGCUUGCAAAGCGGUUCGAAUCUCUCAUUGAAUAAACAAUUGAUGAAUGAUUUUUGGAGCGACAAUUUAAAUAGCUCACAAAAACGUCAAACGCCAAAGAGGACUUUCUGGAACUACGAGAAGAUAUGCGGUGCCCAACUGGGAGAUGCAGGUCAGCCAUUCAAAGUCGACGCCAAGACGGCCAAGAAGUUGGCCAUAUUUGAUCCCACGGUGGCAGAAGCUGCACAAAAGGAGUUACUAAGAGAGCAGCAACCGCUGAAACAGACCCAGCAGCAGCAGCAACAGCAACCACAUAAAUUACAAAAGAAUGCAUCUCUCUCGCAUCUGGACCUCAAGGUGAGGCAGGCUGUGACCAAAGAUGAUCUCUACAAGCUCAUCUGUAAUGAGCAAUCCCCCACGACGAUGACGCCAACGUCUAUUCCGGCGUUUAUUAGUCGAGUGCCUGUGAAACAACAGGCAGCGCCUUUGCCAAAGAGUGUCUCGAUGACUCAUGUGCCAGGUGGUAAUCCAUCACCUCUAAUCCGCACCUCCAGUCGAACACAUAUUCCGUGCUAUAUGAAAAACUUGCCAUCCCUUAGUCGUAGUACUUCCAAUUCAGCGAUAUUGAUGUCACAGCCACGCAAAGAGCAGCCAGCGCCCCCGCCGCCGCCUCUGAAGGAGCCAGUGAAGCAACCUACGGCUGUGGUCUCUAAACCAAGCAGCGGGGGUGGUGUCCAUAAAAGUUCGAGUAGUUCUUGUGUGCCUUCGCCUCGUUGUGCUGCUGCCCUCUUUCGUCGGCCAGCCGAGAACCCGAACGCUACAACAGCAAUUGCAAAUGCAACGACGACGACGUCGACAGCAACAACGAUGCCCAUUGUAGAAACGGCUGCCGAUUGUCCCUCUUUAGAUCGCAAAUCGGAGAAGAGUAAUAGCACCAUAAGUACAAGUAGUUUCACUGUGACCAAUUGUUGUACCACACAUUUGCCUCAGCUAUCAAAGUUUACCUCAUCGUUUCACAUUGCUCCCGCGGCCACAUCAUCAACAACAGCAGCAGCAGCCUCGCAAACAGCAGCAACAACAACGACGACGACGGCAGCGAUCUCAACAUCCUCUCAGCAGCAGCAGCUGCAGCCAAAUGAACACAGCAACAAAGUCUUAAUGCAGAAUAGCGCAGCACAAGAGAUGCCAACAUCAUCAUCAUCAUUAACAACAACGACAACAGCAGCAACAUCAUCUGUAUUGUCGUCGUCGUCGUCGUCAGCAGCCACAAAGCGCCAGAAAGAUGUGGACAACAAGCUAGAAAAAUGCUUAACCGACAUGCUAAAGUUGAAGAGCAACAACAGCAAUCCUCCCCCCAUCAUGUCACAAUCAUUGAUGACAGGCGAGCACAAAGAACAAACGGCAGCGAUGUCAACUGCAGCGUCGGCUGCGGCAGCAACAACAACAACUGCAACAGUGCCGCCAGUUGAACCGCCCACGACAAGCACAGUCAGCAGCAACAGUAGCAAUAGCAAAUAUUCAGGCGAAUCGCAGAUACCCGUACCAGUGCAAUUAUACGAUCCGCAGAAACCAUUGCUGCAGCAGCAGGCACGGAUUUGUUAUCCCAUAGGCAAGUCAAAUUCUACCUCACAAUUGCCCAUGGCUGGAUAUCAGCGAUUGUUGCAGCAGCAACAGCAGCAGCAACAACAUCAGCAAGAACAGUUGCAACAGCAGCAGCAGCAGCAACAACAACAACAACAUUAUCCCCAACAUAAGCGACCAUUCCUGAAUUGGAAUAGCUUUGCAUGUUCGGCCAUGAAUGGAUCUAGUGAUCCCUUCAUGCAACAGCAACAGCAGCAGCAGCAACAAGUGCAUCCACAUAAAUUGCAGCAAUCCUAUUCCUCUUCCCAUGUGUUGGCGGCUAAGCAGCAGCAGCAGCAACAACAACCUAAAUCAGGUUUAGCCAUGUUUCUGCAAAAGAACAAUAAGGAGAAUAAAUUUGGACAGCCGCCCAUGACACAUCAGCAACAUCAGCAGCAGCAGCAGCAGCAACAACAACAACAACGAAUGCUGCCAGGUACCGGCAUGUUGCCACAAAUGUAUGGAUAUCAACAAACGCCAAACUAUCCCCGAUCUGGAGGUAAUGGUGGUCCACUCACUCAUUCGGUGUCAUUUAGCUCUGCCCAAAGGCCAACGGCUAUGCAGUUCCAUCAACAGCAACAACAACACCAGCAACAGCAGCAACAAUAUCCCAACUUUGGACUUGGCAUGAUGAGUCGAAACUAUUAUAAUUUACCUAAACAGCAAACGGAACAACGUAAACCUUUACAGACUUUUGAUCCGUAUGCCUAUCCCAAGCCAAAUCAUCAAAUCAAAUACCAGCAGCAGCAACAACAAACACAUCCGCAUACGCAGCAAUAUCUCAAUGCAACGGGUGCUGCUGCUGGUGGGGGACAAGUAACGGCAACAGCUGCGGCGGCGGGACUUCAAUAUGAUCCAAAUCCAACAAAUACGCAAUUGUAUUAUGCGUCGUCGUCAACAGCGGCGGCGGCAGCGGCAGCGGUGCAACCGCAGCAACCACAACAGUUACCACCAGCAUUGCAACAAAGCAAUUCUGUCAUAUUCAAUCACUCAAACCACCAACACCAACAACAAAAUGAAAUGUCCAAGUCCGCAUUGGGACUACAUUUCAUCGAGACAGCAAAACCCGUCAUUCAAGAUGAUGCUGAUGGUCACUUAAUUUACCACACCGGAGACAUUCUCCAUCACAGAUAUAAAAUCAUGGCCACUUUGGGCGAAGGUACAUUCGGACGAGUGGUCAAGGUGAAAGACAUGGAGCGUGACUACUGCAUGGCCCUGAAAAUCAUAAAAAAUGUGGAAAAAUAUCGUGAGGCAGCGAAACUCGAGAUCAAUGCCUUGGAGAAAAUAGCCCAAAAAGAUCCACAUGGUGAUCACUUGUGCGUAAAAAUGAUUGACUGGUUUGACUAUCAUGGACACAUGUGCAUAGUGUUUGAAAUGCUUGGCCUAAGUGUUUUCGAUUUUUUGCGCGAGAACAACUAUGAGCCGUAUCCGCUGGAUCAAGUGCGACAUAUGGCGUAUCAAUUAUGCUACUCUGUGAAGUUUCUACAUGACAGUCGUUUAACGCACACGGAUCUCAAGCCGGAGAAUAUAUUAUUUGUUGAUUCGGACUAUACGGCUCAUUAUAAUCAUAAGAUUAAUCGCGAAGUACGCCGUGUCAAAAACACAGAUGUCCGUCUAAUUGACUUUGGCUCGGCUACUUUUGAUCACGAACAUCACAGUACAAUUGUCUCGACGCGACAUUAUCGCGCGCCUGAGGUCAUACUGGAGCUGGGAUGGUCACAACCCUGUGAUGUAUGGUCCAUUGGCUGCAUUCUUUUCGAACUGUAUCUGGGCAUCACACUGUUUCAGACCCACGACAAUCGCGAACAUCUGGCCAUGAUGGAACGAAUUUUGGGACAAAUACCAUAUCGCAUGGCACGCAAUCAUACUCUUUACAGCAAAACCAAAACCAAGUACUUCUAUCACGGUAAGUUAGAUUGGGAUGAGAAGUCGAGUGCGGGUCGUUAUGUGCGUGAUCAUUGCAAACCAUUGUUCCUGUGCCAACUGAGCGACAGUGAGGAUCACUGUGAGCUCUUCAGUUUGAUUAAAAAGAUGCUGGAAUACGAGCCCUCAUCACGAAUUACGUUAGGUGAGGCUUUGCGUCAUCCAUUCUUUGAUAGACUACCACCACACCAUCGAGUUGGCGAAGUAAGCAACAAGCAGCCACUCUCCUCCGGCAGCAGUAGCCGGGAGCGCUCUCACAGUCUGUCCAGAUGAGAAUUACAGCGAUUUGGUUAUUGUUGACAGACAGCGUUGAGCACACAUCCAUAUAACAAACAUCAUACACUACGUGCACCAGCAGCAAUAGCAGCAGCAGCAGCCGCAGCACCACCAUUACCACCACCACCAUCACGUCCUGCCGCAACAGCUUCAUUAUAUUCAUACAGCAACUGCAGCGGUGGCGGCAAUUACCACCAUUUUAAUUACAUCGGCGAACAGUAAAUUAAGUGCUAAAGUUUUAGAACAUUUGGAAAUCUUUGAACUUGACUUGUAUAUAGAUAUUUCUUAUACACAAAAACGUUACACAUUAUUAUCAUCAAUCAAUCAUUUAA